AUGAGGCUUGAAGACUUAGUAGUCAAGGUUGAGGACGCCCGGACUCCCGAAGAGGUUAUCAUUAAGCGGCAGACUGCUCCUUUGCCUCAGCCGGCCGUUGCCAGGUCAGACCAUUUCCAGAAGCAGGUAGUGGAUCUGAUGGAGCUGGUCUCGAGGGCCCCUGAGCCCUCAGAAGCCCAUGUCAUGGCACUUGGCGAAGCAUCUGCCGCGAAGAGGGCGCGGCAAUCCGCGCUGCUUCGACGCCAGCUGGCGGAGAGCACCAUUUCUUCCCACGGGGGCAAGCGACAUGGGCCACUGGAGGAUAGCAGCCCCUUCCAGCGGCUCCAGCGGAGAGAUGACGUGGACAUGGCACUGGGCGCUUCUAUGAAAACCCUCACGCUCCCUCUCCCUAGCCAGAUUGAG